UCUAUUAUAUAUAUGUGUUGUGUGUGUAAGUACAUAUAAUCCGUGCGCUUGCCGAGAAAAACGAGGAAAAGAAAGGAAAAUGAUGUUUUAAGUGUUUACGUUUCAUCUUGAUUUUUGUUUCUUUUGGUUUAUGAAAAUACGACAUUCGAUCAAGUUUCUUUCUGUUUCUAGUAUUUUCCUGGCAACCAAAAGGACUGCAGUAAUGCUUUUGAUCUCUGCCUUUCGUUGAGUCGGCAUUGAUUUCACUUCGGUUGAUUUCUGACUAAUUUGGCUCUUCAAGCAAAAUUCAGGUUUCUUAUGAUGAUAGAGACAGAUAUAUACACUCUAAACUACUCCUUUAGGAGUCUUAAUUCCAACUAAUUGGGGUAGAAAAACUGAAUUUUUUUCUUCUUAUGCAGUUAUAGAAUUCAUGUUGGUUACUAGAAGAUAAAAACUCAGAGAAUUCCCCUUUCUGUUGAAGGAUGAAAUGCCCAACAGACAAAACGUUGGAUUACCAUAAACUCUUGUUCUUUAUCUAUCCGUGCUUUCUUUGACAAGCGGAUCUCGCAGGAGGUCAGUGGUGAUUCUCUUGGCGAGGAGUUCAAGGGUUAUGUUUUCAAAAUUAUGGGUGGCUGUGACAAGCAAGGAUUCCCCAUGAAGCAGGGAGUUCUGACUCCUGGUCGUGUUCGUCUUUUACUUCAUAGAGGCUCUGCUUGCUUCCGUGGUUAUGGAAGGCGCAAAGGAGAGCGAAGAAGGAAGUCUGUUCGUGGGUGCAUUGUCAGCCAAGACCUAUCUGUUUUGAACUUGGUCAUAGUGAAGAAGGGUGAGAAUGAGCUGCCUGGAUUGACUGACACCGAGAAACCCAGGAUGAGAGGUCCAAAGAGGGCAUCAAAGAUCCGGAAGCUCUUCAACCUCUCCAAAGAGGAUGAUGUCCGGAAGUAUGUCAAUACAUACCGCCGUACAUUUACUACAAAAUCUGGGAAGAAGUGCAGUAAGGCCCCGAAGAUACAGCGACUGGUAACACCAUUGACUCUACAGAGGAAGCGAGCUAGGAUUGCAGAGAAGAAGAAGAGAAUCGCAAAGGCCAAGUCAGAGGCAGCUGAUUACCAAAAACUCCUUGCCACCCGCUUGAAAGAGCAGCGGGAACGUCGUAGCGAGAGCUUGGCAAAGAGGAGAUCCAAGCUUUCUGCUGCUUCUAAACCAUCAGUUUCUGCAUAGAAAAUGUUUGCAGUCUUGAUGAAUAAUUAGCAUACAACUGCUCCUUUUUGGUAGUGUUAUUAAAUAAUGCAGUUGUUUUAGUAACUUCCGAGUAUUGUUCCUUUUUUCGAUGCGGUUGGAUGUUAUGUGCAUGUUAUUUUUGAAUGUUGUCGAGUUCAAUGCCUUGUUAAGUUGCAUUGGUUUUUUCUUCAAAAUGAGUUAUGGAAAUCUUUUCUUUUUUA